AAUCGGACGAAGAGCCUGAUGAACCUUUUCAAGAUUCAGGUUCUGAAUAUCUUCCAAGCGAGUCUGAGUCUAUCUCGGAGCUAAACAUGUCCCAUGAGUUUGACGCUGAGCCCCAAAACACUGAAAAUGAUGCAGAGCAGCAGAAGAGCUCUCGUAAGCGCGUAAGAAAUGAAAACAAGUGGAAACGCAAUGUGACAAAAACUAAAAGGAAUCUUGGAGAAGCAUACAUAAGUAGGAGAUCAAAAAAACUUGUUCCCGCAAAAGUUUUUAAUAAUGUAGACAACUGCUGUACAGAUCUUUGUUGGCAAAAGAUUCUCCCAGAGCGACAAAAGGCUAUUUUCCAAGCAUUUUACAAAAUUGAAUCAUUUGAUUUGAAGUCGGCUUACCUUUUUUCUUGCGUCGAUGUUGUGAAUAAAUCAAGAGUCUAUACCAACAAUGGUAAUACUUCCAGACGACAAAAGACCCGUUUAUUUUAUUUACAAGAUGACACAGGUAACAAGAUAAAAGUAUGUAAAAGCUUUUUUAAAGGGGUACUUAAAGUCUCAGAUGGCAGAAUAACCAGAAUUUUGGUCAACAAAUCAAAAGUCAUGCCUGCUCCGACAGAUGGUAGGGGAAAACAGCCUUCUGCUAACAAAACGCCGGAUCAUAAAGUUGAUAAAGUUAAAGAAUUCAUUGAAAGGUUUCCAAGCUAUCAGUCACACUAUUCCAGGAAAAAAAAUCCACAUCGGAGAUACCUAGCCCCAGAUUUGAAUUUGAGUAUAAUGUAUGACCUCUAUAAGAAACAACUAAGUUUAAAAGACGAACAACCUGUAUCAAAAUACAUAUUUCCUGAAAUAUUUUCAAAACAAUUCAAUCUUCACUUUCAUGCACCUGUUUCUGAUUCUUGUAAAAAAUGUGACUUAUUGCAAAAUAAAUUAAAAUUUGAAAUGGACGUCGAAAAAAGACAAAGUUUAACAACUGAAAUGGAAUUACAUCAAAGAAAAGCUCAGAGUGCCCGAGAGGGAAUGAAAUCUGAUGCUGUUGUGGCGAAAAAUAAUUCAGAGGUAACUGCAAUUGCUUUUGAUCUAAUGAAAACUCUUCCGACGCCAGUAAUCUCCACCGGAAUUAGUUAUUAUAAAAGGCAACUCUGGACUUAUUGUUUGGGCAUACAUAACUUGGCUACCAAAGAGUCAUUCAUGUACAUCUGGAAUGAAUCCAUUGCAUCUAGAGGUCCCCAGGAAAUUGGUUCGAGCUUGCUGCAUUUUAUUAAGAAUCAAGUUAAAACAAAAAAAUUAUUGAUGUACUCGGACCAAUGCGGUGGCCAAAAUAGAAACAUCAAAAUGGCACUACUAUGCAAUUAUAUUGUUUCCUCUCAUGAUCUCAUUGUUGAAGAAAUUAACCACAAAUUUUUAGUCAGUGGACACUCAUACCUACCGUGUGACCAGGAUUUCGGACUGAUUGAAAAACAAAAGAAAUAUUUCAAAGACAUCUAUGUGCCAGAUAGCUGGGAAACCGUUGUUAAGGCAGCAAGAAAAAAGGUUCCUUUUAAAGUUGUUCAGAUGACAGUCACAGAUUUUUACUCUACUGUUAAUUUAGAGAAGAAUAUAACGAAUCGAAAAAUUUCCGAAAAUAAAUUAAAAGUAGAAUGGAUGAAAAUCCAGUGGCUGCUCUUUAAAAAGUCGGAUCCGCUUAAAAUCUAUUUUAAAUACUCAAAUCAAGAUUUUGCUCCAUUUGAUUCAGUUGACGUGUCUAAAAGGAACUCUUCUAACAGUUUUAAAGAGCUGAAUCUGUUAUAUCCAAAAGGACGUAAAGUUGAUAUCAAAAAGAAAAAGGACCUAUUGGAUCUUGUAUGUUUUAUUCCCCCCAUUCAUCACGAGUUCUAUCAAAACCUGAAAACUACGCAUGAUCAAGACGAUGAGAUUUAUUCUGAUAGCGAUGAAAGUGAAUGUGAAAAUUAG